CCAAGUUGGCUUUGGGUGGGUGCUUGCAUCUAUUAGAAAAUUUGCACCGCACCACCGGCUAUAAACAAAAACAACACUCUCCUCUUCCCUCCUUACCCAUACCAUACCAUACCAUACAUAUCAAAUUAACAAGUCUUAUAAUCAAAUCAAUUAAAUAAAUAUUAAUAAAAUAUUAUAAGAGUUUUCUUCUGGAAUAUACCCACUACCUGUAUCAAUCUCAAUUUCACAUAUUUCACCAACCUUAGAUCUACGCCCUUUUUAAUUCUCAUUUCUAUCUCGUCGUUUCUAUCUACCGGUUGCCGUUUACGUUUAGAUCUCGUGAUGUAAGAUCAUAACCUAAUCUCUUUCUACGAAAACGGAACAACGAAUCUUCCGAUUUUAUUGUUAGCGUUUUCUUCACUUCACAAACCAAAACAGAUAGAAAGUGAGAGAAAACAAAUAACAAAUCGUUUUCAUCUCUGAAUCGGACUCUCCGAUUGAACCAAUUUCGUAACUGUAAAAAGUCCACGCACGCACGCGCUUCGCCGAUGGAUUUGGACGAUUUCCGAUCCAUAUUGGAUACGGCGGGCGUUGACGUGUGGAUGUUCAUCGACACCGCAAUAUCCGUUGCUUCUCAAGAUAACGCCGCCGAGUUAAAGCGCCGAAGAGACGGAAUCGUCGAGCGUCUCUACGCUGCCACGACGUCUCCUCCGCUUUGCCAAAAUUGCGACGGCGGUAACCGUCAAAACAUCAACCAAAUCAAGAAACAGAGCAGUCCGAGUCUAAGCCCCGAACGACAACAACAUCAACGCCGCGGCGGUGCUUCCUCACCUCCAACGCCGCAAUCUCUCGGAAACGAUAACGACGAUGACGAGGAAUUAGAUCCUUACGGCGGUUUGUUCGAAGAUGAACAGAAGAAGAUUCUAGAAAUUAAAGAACUUCUAGAAGAUCCUCGCCAGUCUGAAGAUUCAUUGUUGGAGUUACUGCAAAAUCUGGCGGAUAUUGAUAUUACAUUUCAAGAGUUGAAGGAGACUGAUAUAGGGAGGAACGUGAAUCAGUUGCGGAAACAUCCAUCUAACGAUGUUCGCAGAUUGGUGAAGCUACUUGUCAAGAAGUGGAAAGAAAUUGUAGAUGAGUGGGUGAGGCUGAAUCCACAAGGAGGAAACAACACUCUCAUGGCUGAUGGAGACUCUCCUCUUCAGAAAACCAACCAAAAUGGGCAUCAUCAUCAGAUUCCUGAUUUUGCGUAUUCUCCAAAUCCACAUAACGGUAGCUCUGGUUCUGACCGUAACAACUCGGAAGCAGAACCAAAACCGAAACCAAAGCCAGUUCCUCGCAAAGAACCACCUCCAAAACUAAAACCAUCACCCCCAGUUACUGCCCCUACUUCCACUCUUCAAAACAGACAGAGAGAACAGAAAGAGAGCAAUUUUGAUGCGGAGAGGCUUGCUUCUGCAAGGAAACGGCUUCAAGCAAACUACAAAGAGGCUGAAAAUGCCAAAAAGCAAAGAACAAUUCAGGUGAUGGACAUCCAUGAGUUACCUAAGUCAAAAUCCAAGAAUGUUUUUUUUGCAAAGAACAAAGGUGGUGGCAGUUCUCAGGGAAGGCAGCACUGGUGAUACAUGUUCCGUUGUUGCCUUGUUGGUGCAAUUUCAAGUGUAGAAAAGCAAGUUGGGGCUUGGUAUAAUGCAAGUCCUCAACCGCGUUCAUUCCUCUGGAUUUUCCACCCCACUAUAAACCUAUUUUUUUCUUGUGGUUUUUAUUUACUUAAAUUAAUAAUGACCGAAGAAAAAACUUUCCACAACAUUGUCCUUUUUGAAAGAGGGCUUAUCAAACUAGCUUUUGUUGGUUUGUUGAGGAGCACGUGGUUACAGGAUAGGGAUGGAAUGGAACGGGGCAGUGGGGUUGAUAAAUGUUUUCAAUUUGCUAAUUACCUAAUUUUAUUUUUAGUUACACCCAAACAAUUUAUGUGAACAAAUGAUGGGAUGUUUUUGCAUCUUAUUUUUAUGAAAAUUGAAUUUACUACAUAAACUGUUAAAAAUAUACGGAAAUUCAGUUUAUGUAUAAGAAUAAUUUUUUUGGGUGUAACAUGAAAUAAAAGUAUUAUUUGCAAAAUUGAAAUACCAGUUAACGAUUUCAAAAUGGUAUUUUAACUUUUAUUUUUGAUAGAAAACGCGGACAGUCAAUAAAUAAUCAGUUUGACCAUUUACUCGUGGCGGGAAUUUAUUGUUGCUAUUGCAAAUAAUUACGGAGUAAUAAUAUAAUUGGGAAAGACGUUGUCUUGCUUAAGUCUUAAAAA